CAGCGAGAAGGGAUCAUCAAGAGCAGUAUCCAGCCAAAGACCUGCAGCUUUUUAGCCCAUGCUGUGUUUUCAGUCCUGCAGACACCUCUGCGGCACAGCUGGAUCCAGUGUGAGGCUGGGGAUUGACAGCGUGCGAGCACACACGGGGCACACGGCCCCUGAUGGCCUCUGGCAGGCCGGUUAUAUAACAUCACUCGCGUCACUCCCAUCAACGCGGCCACCGCUGCGCUGAAGCGUCACCCUACAGCUCUCGGGGGCUCUGUGCCACAUUCAUGCUCCGUUGGAGGUUGCAUUUUCGCUCACUGCACAUAUUCCUUCCACGUGAAGAGCGGGAUCGUGGCAAGCAGAGGGCCAGGCAGGCCCCUAGCAUCAUCCUCUAGCCUUGCACGGCUGUGGUGCAGCAGACCCGGCCAGACCUCCCUUGCAGCUCGCAGGGCUGCUCCCAGCAUUACUUCCCCAAGUAGACUGUCUCAUCUGAUCUCACAUGACCAGUGGGACGGUGCUUUCCUCUCCUCUCUUUGACAGAUGCUUUCAUUGCUCAGUAGAUCUCAGUGUUACAGACUUUCCUCUAACAUCUACAGAUGCAGAGUUUGGAAGAAGUAGCGUGUCCUGGCCACCCAGGCUAAAAGGGCAAUGUAAGAGCUUAGCCUCUCUCCAGGGGGUGCUUGUCUGAUGCAACUUGCCAUUUUCAGUCCACGUAAAUACACUUAACGAGCAAGGAGUAAUUAACGCAGUCUGGGUGAAAGCCUGGCCCUGGGGAAGUUAGUGGGAAAACUCCUGUCCACUUCCAGAGGGGCACGCUUUCAUUUACUGUCUCCUUCAAUAAACUACAGAGACAUCAAGGCCAAGGAGGCAGGUUUUCUCAGUUAUAGUAACCUAAUGUUUUAGCAGGGGAGGCAAAGAAACAGCCUUAGGUCCCUAUAGGGCUCAGUCUUGCCCAGGAUUUGUGCACCGGGGCUGGUCUCCGGCGUGUUUGCUCUCACAGCACCGUGAGCAGCAGGGAACAGAGCGGGAGGGACCGGAGACACAGAGCAAAGCCCUCAGUGCCUCCAGCAAUCUGCAACUUGAGAUCCCUUAAGAGGCCUGUGGCUGGGCAGGGAUUUACACCCCAGUUCUCCCCUGCCCUAGACAAGUGCCCUAACGGCUGGAAAGCCUUCAGUUCAGAGACAGUCCCAUGCUUGCCUGCCACCGAGGGAACUAAUGCUGUGUUACCUGGCUGUAAAUCAUCCACCUGGAGUCGGUGGCCCUUUGCCCCUUUACACCAGUCAAGGACUUCCCCCAUGAUGUUUGGGAACCAUUGUGCUUCUCCAGGGAGAACCGACCAAAAAGUCUGGACAUUUCCAUUGCAGGAUUUCCACAAGCAGAAAUUUGGAAGCGGGGGGGUUUGUUCUUCUUGCUGCAUCUUGAAAACGUUUUGCUUUGGUUCAGGUGGCCCAAAGUCCAGGGCACGCAUGGGCUGCAAGUGGAGUUCCCUUGGCUGAUUUGCAUUCACGUCAAAGAGCCUCGGGCUUCCCCGGGUUGAAUUUAGGCUCCUGGGGAAUCUCUCACCCCUUGAGAGAGAAGAAGGGGGAGGGGUUCUCCAUGGGGGAAACCAACACAGCGAUGACAACUGCUGCCUCUGAAAUAUUAAUGCUUAAUAGGGCCUGUCGGAUGAGGUGUGCAUGGUAAUGAUACCACCCAUCAUGAGAGAGUUAAUUGAAUCAGUGAAGUGAACAGCCCAGCCGUCCGGCAUAUGCCAACUUUCUGAUCAGCCUAACCAUUACUAAAGGACCCUUGUCACUCAUCACUGCUUGAUUACACUGCUCUGCCUGCGAGGGGAUUUGAUGUGAAGUGUCCAAUGAGGGUCCAGGCUGGCUCUAAAUCCAGCUUUGCAAAGCCCCAGAUAAAAAAGACUUCCAUUAACAAGGCGAGAAAGGUUAGGACAAGCAGCAUUACAGCAAAUCUGGAGAGUUAUCCAUGAAGGAGGUUGGAGACGGGCUCCAUGAACAGAUGAACUGCAUGAUGGGUGCCCUGCAAGAGUUGAAACUCCUCCAGGUCCAGACAGCUUUGGAGCAGCUGGAGAUUUCAGGGAGUCGCAACCCGGUCUCCGGUGCUGGGCAGCACCAGUGCUGCCGAAAUGGCAGAGAGGGGCCCAAAGCCAGGCUGGAAACCAGCAGGCAGACGGAGAGGUGGCUGGGCAAGAGACCAGUGGAGGAGCGCAGCUCCCUGGCUAUGGCCAGCGCCACCCAGACGCACCAAUCUGCCAGCCUGGUUGGCCCCAUUACUUUGCCAGACAGCGGCCACCACAGACACGUGGCUUCCUCCUUCAGGAAUAUCUAUCGCGAAGACUAUUAUCAUGUUAACAGACCUUCCUCGAGCCUGACCGCAGCAGAGUAUUGCCCGCCAAGGACAUUUGAGUCAGCCAGUUUGGGCUCGACCGGAAACCAGCUUUGCAGAGACACCAGUGGCCUCCCCCAGAGCUCGGCUGGCAGUCGAGCUGGCUGCAGGGAAUGCCAGCUGUCUGACGACGCCAACGACUGGACUUCCUCCCUGAUGUCUCGCAGCAGAAACCGGCAGCCUCUGGUCUUAGGGGAUAACAUCUUUGCAGAUUUGGUCGGGAACUGGUUGGACCUGCCAGAGCUGGAUAAAAAGGGCGAGAAGAGCGAGCCCUCCCUCUCGCCCAGUAAGUCGCAGGACUUCUGCAGGAAGUUCUCGCUCACGACCAACAUUUUCAAGAAGUUUCUGAGAAGCGUCCGGCCGGAUAGGGACAGGCUCCUCAAGGAGAAACCGGGCUGGCUGCCCGCGGGAGGCAGGGAGACGGAGCUCUCCAAGAGACCCAAAAAGGCCAGCAAACAGAAAGGGACGUUUUACUUUCCCCUCCACGGGAACAUGCAGAACAAUCACAGCAAAGCGGAGAGGUGCCCCAAGAUGGAAACAGGUGGUGACAAAUCCAAGCACUGUGCCAAGAAGGUGCACGACACCAUUGACUACACCCAGUCAGGCUUCGAUAUUAAUACGGCUGUUUGGGUCUGAGCUCCCGUGCUCACCCGUUGUGUCUGAAACCAGAGAUGAGCUGGAGGCCAUGCACGGCCGGACGCGAGACCCCUCCACACCUCUGCCGCGCCACGUGCCGGAGGAGAUGGAGACACCUCCUUGAAGCAUGCGGUGCACUUCAGGCCCACAUAAGGACAGCUUCACGGCAGCCUCUGGGGAAGGAAGCCAGAGCAGCAGCCGAAUCAGGAUGUGUGCCGAAGCUUGCCAGAGCCGGUGAGAGUAACGCAAAUCCCUGACCGCCGGCAGUGCCAUGGAGAGCCGGUUCCCUUCCCAGCCUGUGACUCUCACUGGUUAUGGCAGCGUCCACGUGGUUCACCUCUGGUUAAAAUAGCUGCACUACAUAAAACGCAGUGUGUGUGCGUGUGCGCUAUAUAUAUACACAUAUAUCUAUUUUUAAAAAAAUCUACUCUUCCUCGUGUGCACUUAAUGCUGGGUUACAAACCAAGCAACUCAAAAGUUGCUCUCAAAGCACUUAAUAUUUAAAUGAAAGGAGUUAGGUAUGACUUGACGAGAGGCACUGCCGUACUUGAACCGUUGUUAAAGGCGGGUGUGGAAGCCUGAGCAUCACACCACAUUUCAGCUAUUCUUUUUCAAAGGUGUCUCCAAUAUAGUCACCAUGUCUGUUCUUACCAGUGUCAGUUUAACCCGUAGCGAGUAACCAGGUCCAUGCUUGGAAAUGUGUGAUGUCCAGAAAUCCUUCGCCCAUUUUGCUUAACCCUUCAUGGCCUUAACCUCAGAUGCCGCGCUGCGACCUUAUGUCAGGUUGUUGGGAUUUUUUAAGUGUUGUUGUGUACAGAUUUAGCCUUGAGGGAACAGAGGUCUUCAGUGUUCAGCUCUCCAAGAGUUCCUAAUAAAGAGAUGUCAAAGUCUUCCAAA